GCAAGUUAAAGAGGAUGUAAGUGUUUCUCUUUUUUUAGAGUGUGUGCGUGUGCUUGUGUGUGUCUCAACUCUGGCAAAUAGUUAUAUAGAGCUCUCAUCAGUUGAAUUGGACACGUCUCUCCAAGAGACAUCACAGUGAUAUAACAAAGAUUACCAUCAAGGCUAACCAUGAAGUGGACAAAUAAUCUGAGCAAUUUGGUCCUGGCGGUUGAUGCCAUCACGCUGAUCACAGGUCUUCCUGCAAACCUGCUUGCUCUUUACACCUUUGUUCAAAAGAUAAAGCAGCGAGCGACACCCGUUGAUGUGCUCUUGCUCAGCCUCACGAUCUCAGACCUGGUCUUCCUUUCUUUUCUUCCAUUCCGCAUGGUAGAGGCGGCCGACAUGAAAUGGACCAUAAGCUACUUUCUCUGUGGGCUUUCAGGAUUCUUCUUCUACACGACUAUUUACAACAGCACUUUCCUUUUAACAGCUAUCAGCGUGGAGCGCUACCUGGGAGUGGCCUUUCCGAUCAAAUACAAACUCAAGCGAAAUCCCAAAUAUGCUGUUAUCGCCAGUAUCCUAUUCUGGGUCAUUUCCAUGGCCCAUUGCAGUAUUGUCUACAUCAUGCAGUACUAUAAGCCAAGUAAUGAGACCAAGGUGUCAGAAAAUGACGUCUGCUAUGACGAGUUCAGCAAAGAACAGCUGAAGGUCCUUUUGCCUGUGCGCUUGGAAUUGUUUCUCGUGCUGUUCUGCAGCCCGUUUCUCAUCUGCUGCUUCUGCUACAUCAGAUUCAUCCACAUUCUCUCAAACUUACCUAACAUUAAACCUAAGAAGCGCUCCAGGGCCAUCGGGCUUGCCCUAGCCACCCUCCUGGUCUUUAUCAUUUGUUUCACACCUUACAACGUGUCUCAUGUGGUGGGAUAUAUCGAAUGGAAAAGUCCUGACUGGAGAGUGUACGCCCUCCUUACCAGCACCUUCAACGCCUGCUUGGACCCCCUUAUUUUUUACUUCUCCUCUGCAGCACUUCGGGGGACUGUAAAACACCUGUUACGGGGAUCCAACAAACGAAUGCAUUCUUCCAGCUGCCGGAAAUUUCUCAACUGUCAACACUUAAACUGUACUGCAACUGAAGAAAGCACACAGAGUUCCAAUGACAGCACAAUUUAGAAACUAUAGUUGCAAAGAAACACCUAAGCAUAGCCAUAACAAAAAUUACAUUCCCAGAGCCAAUGUUUCAUAAAUCUAUAAACUUUGCAAGAAAUCUAAACUCAUCAGUGUAUUCAAUGUACAAAAUAAUACAUCUGUGUGUCUUGUUACAGUAUUUAAAUUUGAACUGUACUAAUCCUUUGGCAAUUGUCUUAUUUUUAUACAACUGAGAAGUUGGUUAAGGCCCUGAGCAGGGGCCCAGCAGUAACAGCUGGGUGGUACUGGGAUUUAAAGCCAUGACCAUCCACUUCAAGCAUAAGUGCUUGUGUUCGAUCAACAACAAGGUCCUUAGAGCUCGUUACUGGCUUUUAUUGAACGGUGAAUUCGAUGCCUAUAGCAGUGUUUUUAAAAAUAUUUCUAAACUGAUCCAGAAUGAUGCAGAAAAUUAACAUGUUUGUUCAAAUGUUGCAUCAUGUUUAGUUUUGGAUUCAGAACCUGGACCUUCUAAAAAUAAAUAUAUGGGGAAAAAAACAACUUUACCUAUGAAAAUAACCAUUUGAAGUAUCCAUUUUUAUAAGAAUGUCUCACACAGAUUCCUACAUUGACCAAGCCAACAUGGUGGCUCAGUUGUUUAAUUCUGAUAGUAAGAGUGGAUGCUUGUGUUCGUCAGCGACCUUGGCCAGAGAAUGCAAUGACUUAAGCUGGGUUUUGAAGACAUUCCCAAACUAAUAAUGACCCAGAAAUGAUACCACUAUAUUCAGCUCUGGCUUUGUUAGUGCACAAUGGGCACUUUUUAGCACUUCAAUUUGGCACUUUUAUGCCACCAUUUCUCUCACCAAAGUCUGAUGUUUACUCAUGAAGGGAACUCACUUCAAAGCACUUGCUCUUUGUUGCAAUCACAAUAAGGCCAAUAAAUAGUGUACCUAUGGACGAUUUUUGGGGAAAAAACCCUGAGAAUGUGAAGGACAUUGAAUGUACAAAUGUUAUUUUUGAAUAAUUAUUCUAAAACUCUUCAAUAUGUAGAAAGAUUAUACUGGAAAAUAAAUUAUUCGUAAGCUAUUGAUGAAAUUUACCUUAUGUUUGUAUAUACCGAUCAUGACGCCCCAAAGUUCUCAAUAUAAUGCAUUCUUAACUAGCAAUGCUUGCCUAUACAUUCAUUAUAUAAGGAAGGCAAUUCCAGUACCUUAAAAUGACUUUACAUCCAGAAACCAUAGCUAGGUGCAACAAUUGUAUUUGUUGCUAAUGUGUAUGCAUAUUUUCUGCGAUAAUAUGAUGUGACAAUGAUAAUGAUAAUAUAAUGUAAAUACAGAUGUCUUUUGCAAUGUCUUGUUAUUGGUUGUUUUUAAGUUGUUGGGUUUUUUGUUCAUGUAUACACUUGUGCUUCCUUUAAUAUUCAAGAGUAUUGAUCAGUGUUUUGACACCUAUUUAUACCACACAAUAGCAUUAGCUGCUGAGGUGUUUGCACAGUCAUUGGUAUACACUGGCAGCAUAGUGCAUUAUAUUUUAAUUUAAGUCCAGCCAACCUGCUUGGAGUCCAACAUAAUCUUAAGAUUUGCAUAAUUAAUCAGUUGAGAUUUUAUUACUUCUCUUUUUCUUCUUAUUAUUUGUAUUUAUUUAUUUCGUCCUGGUUUGGGGGUGGUUGCACUGAGGGCAGGGGUAUAACUAAAUCUUGUAUCUCUGUAAAAACAUCACUGCUGACUGAUGUUAUUUUGAAAAAGAAAUCACCUUUUAUAUAUAGAUAAAUGAAAUUAUAAUAUCUCCUAUAUGCUAUAACUGAACAUAAUUUCGAUUUUAAUGUAUUACUGCUGAACGAUGCUGUAUUUGAUGUCUGCAUAAGAAGUCUGGAAAUAUGAAUGUAAAGAUGAGAAGAGCAUAGGCCCUGGCUUUAGCUCACUUUAAACUAGUGUUAGAAUGAAACCCAAUAUUUA